UUGGCGGUUCGGACAGGUUUUUUUUAUUGGGCAAACCCAAAAGGCUUUACCCCAUCGAAACGCCAUUGUAUUUCUGUGAAUCAAAUUGAGAAACCUCUGACGUUAAGAUGAGGCGUGGUUCAUCGGAGACGAAGUUGUUGCAAGAAUUGCUUCUGUACGCGGCGAGCGCUGCUCUGAGCAGCCUUGUUUUGUUUGUGGGCCUCCGACAACUUGACCCGAACAGACAUGCCUCCAAGAAGGCUCUUGAGCACAAGAAGGAAAUUGCUAAGCGCCUUGGUCGACCUCUUGUUCAAACCAAUUCCUAUGAGGAUAUAAUAGCCUGUGAUGUGAUUAACCCUGAUCAUAUAGAUGUGAAAUUUGAUUCAAUUGGUGGAUUGGAAUCUAUUAAGCAAGCUCUGUAUGAAUUGGUAAUACUUCCCUUGAGGAGGCCUGAACUCUUUUCUGGGAAACUUCUGGGUCCUCAAAAAGGAGUGUUGCUCUAUGGACCGCCUGGCACUGGAAAGACCAUGCUUGCCAAAGCAAUUGCUAAAGAGUCAGGUGCUGUUUUUAUUAAUGUGAAAAUAUCGAAUCUGAUGAGCAAAUGGUUUGGUGAUGCCCAAAAGCUGGUUUCCGCUUUGUUUAGUUUGGCGUAUAAGCUGCAGCCAGCAAUCAUAUUCAUUGACGAAGUGGAUAGCUUUUUGGGUCAGCGCAAGGCUACUGACAAUGAGGCAUUAACAAACAUGAAAACUGAAUUCAUGGCUUUAUGGGAUGGUUUUACCACAGAUCAUAAUGCCCGGGUUAUGGUACUUGCUGCUACUAAUCGGCCAUCUGAGCUUGAUGAAGCAAUUCUUCGACGCCUUCCUCAGGCCUUUGAGAUCGGUAUGCCUGACUGCAAAGAGAGAGCUGAGAUUUUGAAGGUUAUCCUGAGGGGCGAGAAGGUACAAGAUAACAUUGACUAUGAACGCAUUGCUGGAUUGUGUGAUGGAUACACUGGUUCAGAUCUUCUUGAGCUCUGUAAAAAAGCUGCCUACUUCCCCAUCCGGGACCUGCUUGAUGAUGAGAAGAGUGGAAAGCAAUCUGCGGAGCCAAGGCCGCUGUCAGAACCGGAUUUGGAGAGGGUUUUAGCAACAUCGAAAAAGACAACUGUUGCUGCAAGUGAAUACAGCAGAUUAAGUUCACUGUCAGCAAGAUGGUCAGGGCAUGCAGAUUCAGAUGAUUACCCUGUCCAAGAAGCAAUUAACGAGCUUUCGAAGCUUGUGAUUACCCAAAUUUUGAAUCUCCGGUCAGAUAACCGGGAUUCUUAAUUGGCCACAGGAACUCCUAUAAAGUAUCAGCCUGUAAAUUGCAGCUUCGACAGGAAAACUAUUUACUCGCAGCAGGAUGGUCAAGGCAUGUGGAUUCUGAUUACCCUGUCCGAGCUGCAAUUGACGAGCUAUCUAAGGUAGUCGUUUCCCAGAUUUUGAUUCUUCAGUUAGAUAACUAGUAUUCUUAAUUGGCUAUAGUGAUCCCUAUAAAGUAUCAGUCUGUAAAAUUUGAUUCUUUCUCGGCGGAAGUAGAUGCCACACAAUUCUUUUUGACAACUGUAGUUUUGCUGUCAGCUUAUAAAAGUAUCGCAUAUUCUGGAGUAGCAUUGCCUGA